UUGUUUCACAGCCAGUUGUCCCAACUGUCCCACAGCUGUCCCGAAGAGUUCUACAGUCAGCUGUCUCAUAGUGCUGUCCCUUGUAGUCAGUUGUCCCCACAGCAUAUGUUCCAACAGUCAGUUGACCCCACAGUUACUGUUCCCACAGUCAGCUGACCCACAGUUAGAUUGUUCCCACGGUCAUUGUCCCUACAUUGUCCCCACAGUUAGUUGUCCCAACAGUCAGUUGUCCCUACAUAGUUGUCCCAACAAUCAGCUGCCCCACAGGUUCUUCCCACAGUUAGUUGUUCCCACAGUCAUUGUCCCCACAUCAGUUGUUCCCACAGUUAGUCGUUCCCACAAAGUUGUCUCACAGUCAGUUGACCCCACAGUCAGUUGUUCCCACAGUCAGUCCCCACAGUUAGUUGUCCCCACAGUCAUUGUUCCACAGUUAGUCGUUCCCACAUCAGUUGUUCCCACAGUUAGUAGUUCCCACUGUCAGUUGUCCCCACAGUUAGCCGUUCCCACAGUUAGUUGUUCCCACAGUCAGUUGUCCCCACAGUGUGUCCCAACAGUUAGUUGUCCCCACAAUGUUCCCACAGUCAGUUGUUCCCACAGCAGUCGUUCCCACAGUCAGUUGUCCCCACAGUCAGUUGUUCCACAGUUGUUCCCACAGUUAGUUGUCCCCACAUUGUCCCCACAGUCAGUUGUUCCCACAGUCAGUUGUCCCCACAGUCAGUUGUCCCCACAGUCAGUUGUCUCCACAGUUAGUUGUUCCCACAGUCAGUUGUCCCCACAUCAGUUGUCCCCACAGUUAGUUGUUCCCACAGUUAGUUGUCCCCACAGUCAGUUGUUCCCACAGUUAGUCGUUCCCACAGUUAGUUGUUCCCACAGUCAGUUGUUCCCACAGUUAGUCGUUCCCACAGUCAGUUGUCCCCACAGUCAGUUGUUCCUACAGUUAGUUGUUCCACAGUCAGUUGACCCACAUCAGUUGUUCCCACAGCCAGUCGUUCCUACAGUUAGAUGUUCCCACAGUCAGUUGUUCCUGCAGUUGUCGUUCACAGUCAGUUGUCCCCACAGUCAGUUGUUCCCACAGUUAGUUGUUCCCACAGUUAAUUGUCUUCAGCAGUUGUUCCCACAGUUAGUCGUUCCUACGUUGUCUUCACAGUUAGUUGCUCCCACAGUCAGUUGUCCCCACAGUCAGUUGUUCCCACAGCCGGUUGUUCCUACAGUUAGUCGUUCCCAUAGACAGUUGUCCCCACAGUCAGUUGUUCCACAGUUAGUUGUUCCCACAUUGUCCCCACAGUCAGUUGUCCUCACAGUCAGUUGUCCCCACAGUCAGUUGUCUCACAGUCAGUUGUCCCCACAGUCAGUUGUCCCCUACAGUCAGUUGUCCCCACAGUCAGUUGUCCCCAUAGUCAGUUGUCACCAUAGUCAGUUGUCCCCACAGUCAGUUGUCCCCACAGUCAGUUGUCCCCAUAGUCAGUUGUCCCCACAGUCAGUUGUCCUCACAGUCAGUUGUCCCCACAUUGUCCCCACAGUCAGUUGUCCCCAUAGUCAGUUGUCCCCACAGUCAGUUGUCCCCACAGUCAGUUGUCCUCACAGUCAGUUGUCCCCACAGUCAGUUGUCCCCACAGUCAGUUGUCCCCACAGUCAGUUGUCCUCACAGUCAGUUGUCCCCACAGUCAGUUGUCCCCAUAGUCAGUUGUCCCCCAGUCAGUUGUCCCCACAGUCAGUUGUCCCACAGUCAGUUGUCCUCACAGUCAGUUGUCCUCACAGUCAGUUCUCACCACAGCCAGUUUUUCCCCAGAUCAGUUGUCCCCCAGUCAUUUGUCUCAUGUCAGUUCUCACCACAGUCAGUUGUCCCCACAGUCAGUUUCCCCACAGUCAGUUGUCCCACAUUCAGUUGUCCCCACAGCCAGUUGUCCCCACAGUCAGUUGUCCCCACAGUCAGUUCUCACCACUGUUUUUGUCCCCACAGUCAGUUUUCCCCACAGUCAGUUCUCACCACAGUCAUUUGUCCCCCAGUCAGUUGUCCCCACAGUCAUUCUCACCACUGUCCCCACAGUCAGUUCCCCACAGUCAGUUGUCCCCACAGUCAGUUCUCACCACUGUCAUUUGUCCCCACAGUCAGUUUCCCACAGUCAGUUCUCACCACUGUCAUUUGUCCCCACAGUCAGUUGUCCCCACAGUCAGUUCUCACCACUGUCAUUUGUCCCCAGAUCAGUUGUCCCCACAGUCAGUUCUCACCACUGUCAUUUGUCCCCCAGUCAGUUUCCCCACAGUCAGUUGUCCCCACAGUCAGUUGUCCAUAGUCAGUUCUCAGCACAGUCAGUUGUCCCAUAUUCAGUUCUCACCACAGUCAGUUGUCCCCA